AUGUCCGAAACUAACACCUCCAGCCUACUACAGCUCGUCGCUCAAAUUAAACAACAAACUGAAGAGAUUGAGAAGCAAUUACAACUCAGCGGCUAUCCCGAGCCUACUUUCGAGAACAACUUCAUCGAGCGUCCCGAUAGCCCAGAAUACGCGGCGGCACGUGCAUCCCUUAACGAUGCAGCUAAUGACUUGCUCAUGCUCGUCAAUGGGCCUAAAGCACACUUUCGGUCGCUAUUCUGCUACCAGCACGACUUAGCCGCCUUUCAGAUAGCUUUCGACCACGACUUCUUCAACAAGAUCCCGUUGACAGGCGAGAUUACGAUCCCCCAGCUUGCGGAAAGAGUCAAUUUCGACGAGGACCGUGUCGCAAGGGUCAUCAGAUUUCUCACCACGCACCGAGUGUUUACGGAAAAAGAACCUGGGGUGUUCGCGCAUACCACACACUCGGCAAUCUUUGCUAAAGACCCCGAGAUCUACGCUGCAGCGCACUACCAAUUGGAUGAAUUCUUCAAGGCAGCCGCUGAGGCAAGCGCAGCCACCCGCAUGAAUCCAUAUCAGUCUGACCACCUCCACUCGGCCUUCAAGGUGCGCUUUGGGGUCCCUCUGUUCCAGUACUACCAGCAAAAUCCCCAAUUGGCCGCGCGAUUUGGGCGUGCCCUUGCAGUUGAUCGACAGGUCCAUGAGCUGAAGGAUGGAUUCGCGUGGGAUUCGUUCCGAGGGGGAAAAAUUGUGGAUAUCGGCGGUGCUAGUGGGCAUGCUAGCAUUUGGCUGGCUCGAAUAUACCCGCACCUGAAGUUUAUCGUGCAAGACGGCUCGGAGGACCUCCUUGCGCAGGGCAAAGCCCAGAACCUCAGCGAUCUUGACGGCCGUGUCACCUUCAUGGAGCAUGAUUUCUUCGACCCUCAGCCGGAGCUGAACGCUGGCGCGUACUUCAUUCGGCAAGUGGUGCACAAUUGGAACGACGCUGACUGCGUUCGAAUAUUGCGGAACAUUGUCCCCGCACUAGAGAAGUGCGCACCAAAAACACCGCUGCUUAUCAACGAAAUGAUUUUACCUGAACCCGGUACGAGGAGCCGAUACGAAGAGCACUCGUUGAGACAGGUCGAUAUGCUAGUCAUGGUGUCCUUGGGGGCGAAGCAGCGCACGCUAAAAGAGUUCCAGCGACUAUUGCACGACGCUGAUCCAAGACUGCAGAUUGUACGAGUCUACGGAAACGGGAGCAUGGGUCUGUUGGAAGUGCAUUUGGUCUCGGGUAGUGGUACUGUAGCAGGUCUCGAUUAG